CAAGACCAGUCGAUUCAUCAUUGAAACCUUCAAAAUUGGUUUACACAUCCAACGAGCAAGACAGAUCGAUUCAUAGUUCCCAUUUCCACGCCAUAUCAUACCUCCACCAUGUCGAGUUCAAGAAUAGAAGAACUCCCCGACGACGAGCCCACCAAGCAGGCAGCAGCAGACGACGUCUCUAGCUCAUCUGACUCCGAACCCGAGGCUGGUGAGGGGGAAGCCAAUAUUCCUGCUGGAUCUGCAGUGGCUGUUCAUAGCCGAAAUGAGAAGAAGGCAAGAAAGGCUAUUGGAAAACUGGGCUUGAAGCAUGUCCCUGGUAUUACCAGAGUCACUCUGAGAAGACCAAAAGGAAUCCUCUUCGUCAUCUCAAACCCGGAUGUCUACCGCUCCCCAACCAGCAACACAUGGAUCAUCUUUGGCGAGGCCAAGAUUGAAGAUCUGAAUUCGCAGUCGCAAGCCGCUGCCGCCCAACAACUCGCUGCGGCCGAAGCUGCCAACGCUGAUCAUUCUGGCCACGACCACGAAGGACACGACCACGGCAAGGGCAAGGCAGUCGAAGAGAAGAAGGUCGAGGAGGACGAUGACGAUGAUGAAGAGGUGGACGAUGAAGGCCUUGAGGCAAAAGACAUCGACCUGGUCAUGACUCAGGCUUCUGUAUCUCGCAAGAAAGCCGUAAAGGCGCUGAAGGAGAACGGAAACGACAUAGUGAACUCGAUCAUGGCAUUGAGUGUAUGAUCGGCAGCACACAGCAAUUUGGGUCUCCACCAGACUACAGAAACAGUGUGUUUAGCAUCCACCCUGAGCCUUCGGUCAGAUGGCCAGGUCUAAGGAUCAUGUCUCAAAAAGGAGCUAGGCUCCGUACCACCACUUGGGCUCUAUCUAGAUCAGCCAAAAAUGAGAAUAUACCUCGACAAAACAUUGCAUACAUAUCAGAGAAAUUUCUCAGCCUAGUGGGCUCAUCUAGCUGCCGCG